AUGGACAAGUACGACACAGACAUGCUGCUGGCAGCGCUGCUGCUCCGCCUGCUCCUGGCACCCCUGAGCCUCUCCCACGAGCUGCCCUGGACCUACCAAGAAGGAGAGCUGGAUGAAGAGCACUGGGGACAGCACUUCCCCGACUGUGCUGGCAAGCAGCAAUCCCCCAUCGACAUCCAGAGGAGGAAAGUGAGGUACAACCCCCUGCUGCAGCUGCAGCUCGGUGGCUACGAUGGGUCCUUGCAGGGCCACUUCAGGAUGACCAACACUGGCCACUCAGUUCAGAUCGAUUUGCCACCCACCCUGAACAUCUCCAGAGGGCUCCCAGGUGUCUACACAGCUGUCCAGAUGCACCUGCACUGGGGUGGGCUGGACCUGGAGACCAGUGGCUCCGAGCACACCAUCGACGGGAUGCGCUACUUCGCCGAGCUGCACAUUGUCCACUACAACUCUGCGAACUACUCCAGCUUUGAGGAAGCCAAAGACAAGCCCCAGGGCCUGGCUGUGCUGGCUUUCCUGUACACGGAUGGGCACUUUGAGAACACCUACUACAGCGAAUUCAUUUCCAAGCUGGCAAGGAUCAGGUUUGCAGGUCAAUCAACAACGCUGAGCUCUCUGGACAUCCAGGCCAUGCUGCCAGAAAACCUCUCCCACUUCUACAGGUACCAGGGCUCCCUGACCACCCCCCCGUGCUCCGAGAGCGUCAUCUGGACCAUCUUCCACUCCCCCAUUGUCCUGUCACACACCCAGAUCCAGCUCCUGGAGAAUUCCCUGCUGGACGGGCACAACCGCACCCUGCGCAAUGACUACCGGCACGUGCAGCCGCUGCAGGGCCGUGUGGUGGAGGCCUCCUUCCGAGCCCAGGCACAGUGUCAUCCAGAGGAAUUCACCCUCAGGCUGGAUCAAAUCCAGGUGCAGCUCCAGGACAUGAGGACAGAGCUGCUGAAUGGACUGAGCCACACAGAAACUGACUGCACAGCCCUACCAGUUCUGUGGCUGUUCUUCUCCAGAAUUUGGGCUGAUUUACAGGAAAUGGAACUGCUGGCUUUUUUGGUUAUUUCAGGUACGAAAUCCAGCACCUUUCCAGCUUUCUACUUCCCCGUGGAAAACAUUGAGAGCUUUGUGGAGGUUCAUCCCCUCCGUGCUGUGUCUCUGCAAGCCUUCACCCUGUGUUUCUGGAGCAGAGCCCAGCCCGUGGGCUGCCAGACCAUCCUGUCCUACUGCACUGGGGACAGUGACCACGAGCUGGUGGUGACGGUGGGCACGGAGCUGGGGCUGUGGCUGGGGGGGCAGUUCCUCAGUUUCCCCCUGCAGCAGGAGGCACAGGGCUGGCUGCACCACUGCGUGGCCUGGGCCUCCCGGGAGGGAACGGCCACGCCGUGGCUCAACGGAGCAGCUGGCAAAGCAAAGAGGCUCCAGAAGGGCUACGUGAGCCGGGCUGGGGGGACUCUGGUCCUCGGCAAGGACAGGGACACUCUGCUUGGGACGUUCUCCAAUGGCUUUGCGGGGUGGAUGGCCCAGGUGAACCUGUGGAGCCGAGUCCUCAACGCCACGGAGGUUCGAGCGCUGGCGCUGUGCAAAGAGGGGCAGCCCAAGGGGGACGUCAUUGCCUGGGGACAAACCCCCAUGGCCCUGCUGGGGGGGGUGAUCCUGCAGCCUGACACCAGCUGCCAGUGAGCACAGCCUCUGCUCCUCUCAGGGCAUCCAGAGAAUCCAAGCUGCCUGUUGGGAAAACUGAGAUUGAGUGCUUGUUUCUCCUCCUGUAUGGGCUCACUGUGCAUCUCCUGGUGCCCCACGGGGGUUUUCCAAGAGACCAAAACCUCCAUCAGUGAGAUGAAAGCAAUGAACUGCAGAACCUGGCACAGUCCAGCACCCUGGGUUGUUACAUCCCUCCCAGGGUGCUGAUUUAGAUCCCCAUACACAGAUGUUUUUUCGUGCCAAAGAGCUGCUCUCUGGUCAAAGGAGCUGCUUCCUCAAAUAAAAUUCCUCUCCCAUCCCUCACCCAGUCUCAGUUUCUCACCAUCUUCCCUGCUUGUCCCUCCUGUUUGUCACCAGCAGCUCACCACCCCUUCCCUUGCAGCUGGGUCCCGUGGGAGAGCAGAUGUGAAGUCCUGGCAGGGCAGCUCUUAGGACAAGUCCUGUGCAAUCCCUGUGCCUUGGCACAACUCUGCCUUUCUGUGGUGCAUGUAGAGACAGAGCACAGAAACAUCUCCUUUUUCAACACUAAUACAUCACAAACUCGAGUGCAGGUAUAUGUGUAUAUAAACUAAUGUUCUAAGGUUAAUGUAAAUCCUGUGAAGGAUUCUC